CCAGGACGUGACCAUGGUACUCAUCAGACAACCCUGCGUCCAGGCGUUUACUAGACUGGUCAAGGUGUGGAAGCCAGACUGUGGCUACACCAGGAACUGGUGUGUGGGAUACGAGAGAAGGACCCAGUACUACACGACGUACAAGGAGCGUUACGAGCCGACCCAGGUCACCAGGUACAAGUGCUGCAGUGGCUGGCAGAUGGACACACAGGGCACCGCCUGCAACAACAGGAUUUGCAGUGAGUCGAUGUGCCACAAUGGCGGCCAGUGUAAUGGCGGAUAUACUUCUUCCUGUUCCUGCCGGCCUGGAUAUCAGGGGGCGAGAUGUCAGUACGGUUUCGUCUCGCCCUUGACAUUGGGACUGUCAGUCUUGUCUCGCGCUGGGUGGGGACCCCCUGAUAAACAAACAAGCAGCGCCACCUUCUAA